GUGAUGCAGGUGCGGCCCCCGCCCCGCCGCUCCCGGCGCUCCCUCCCUUCCCUCCGCGCCCUCCCUGCCGCGCUCCGCGGAUGCGCUGGAGCCUCCGCGCCCCCGCAGGUGAGCCCUGAUUCCCUUUACUAGCGCUGGAGCUAAUGGUGUUCAGCAUUCAGAAGAUUCAACCCUUAUCGUGGGAAAUUGACUUGGAAAAUUGAAUUUCUCAAUUCAAAAUUGCAUGGAAUCUGCUGUCCUUGUUACAAAGCUCAUAAGAGAUCAUUGGAAGCACAAGAUAAAUGUUGCCAGUUAGGAAAACACAUUAAACACCUGUGGCUGACACUGUUUGCUGACCCCAGCCCAGCCUGACUGGGUAAAAGGCCACAGCUUUCCAAACAGAGGGAAAGCAGCUGGGGUUGCCAGGAGCUCUGGAGAGACUUGGAUCGUCUGGCUAAUAAACAAACAUGAGUCAUCUGAAGUUGUUUGCAGCUACGCUGAAGAGGCAUGGCUUUAAACUUCUAGAAAAUCAGGAUAUAGCCAGAAGGGCAUUUUUACAUGGCCAACGGUAUGUUUCAUCAGGAACCUCAGAGCCAUUCCUGAGUGGGAGUAAUUCCAAUUACGUGGAGGAAAUGUACUAUGCAUGGCUUGAAAACCCUAAAAGUGUACACAAGUCCUGGGAUGUGUUUUUCCGAAGUGCUAAUGCUGGCCAAGCAGCCCAUCUGCCAGUUCAGCAGGAAGGAAAGGGAUCAUUUCUGCAGAGCCACGGCCUGGCCCCGAGACCAGGGACCGCUGAAAAGGCUGUUGAAGACCACCUCGCUGUGCAGUCCUUGAUAAGGGCAUACCAAAUCCGUGGCCAUCAUGUGGCUCAGCUAGAUCCCCUUGGAAUUCUGGAUGCAGAUUUGGAUUCGUUUAUUCCAUCUGACCUUAUUACCACAAUUGAUAAACUUGGGUUUUAUGGUUUGCAUGAAUCAGAUUUGGACAAAGUCUUUCAGCUGCCAACAACCACCUUCAUAGGAGGAAAUGAGAACAGUCUGUCUUUGCGAGAGAUCAUCAAACGCCUGGAGCAUACCUACUGCCAACACAUUGGCCUGGAGUUUAUGUUCAUCAACGACGUGGAGCAGUGCCAGUGGAUCCGUCAGAAGUUUGAGACGCCGGGCGUGAUGAAGUUCACGAACGAGGAUAAAAGGACUUUGCUGGCAAGGCUGGUGCGCUCAAUGAGAUUUGAAGACUUCCUUGCUCGCAAGUGGUCUUCCGAAAAGAGAUUUGGUUUGGAAGGAUGUGAAGUAAUGAUUCCUGCACUUAAGACCAUCAUUGAUAAAUCCAGUGAAAUGGGAAUUGAAUAUGUUAUAAUGGGAAUGCCUCAUAGAGGUCGGCUGAAUGUAUUGGCUAAUGUAAUCCGAAAAGAGCUGGAGCAGAUCUUCUGUCAGUUUGAUCCCAAACUUGAAGCAGCUGAUGAGGGAUCUGGGGAUGUAAAAUACCACUUGGGAAUGUACCAUGAGAGGAUCAACCGCAAAACAAACAAGAAAAUCACUCUGUCCCUGAUGGCUAACCCUUCUCACUUGGAAGCAGUUGAUCCUGUUGUGCAAGGCAAAACAAAAGCUGAGCAGUUUUAUCGAGGGGAUACAGCAGGGAAAAAGGUUAUGUCCAUAUUAUUACAUGGGGAUGCUGCCUUUGCAGGACAAGGAGUGGUUUAUGAGACUUUUCAUCUUAGUGACCUCCCAUCCUACACCACAAAUGGUACUAUUCACGUUGUGGUCAACAACCAGAUUGGCUUCACCACAGACCCCCGUAUGGCCCGUUCAUCUCCGUAUCCCACUGAUGUUGCUCGUGUGGUCAAUGCUCCCAUUUUCCACGUGAAUGCUGAUGACCCUGAAGCAGUGAUGUACGUGUGCAGCGUAGCUGCAGAGUGGCGAAACACUUUCAAUAAGGAUGUGGUGGUUGACUUGGUUUGUUACCGUAGGAGAGGGCACAAUGAAAUGGAUGAGCCCAUGUUCACCCAGCCUCUGAUGUACAAGCAGAUCCAUAAGCAGGUGCCAGUGCUGAAGAAAUAUGCUGACAAACUGAUUGCAGAUGGGACUGUGACACUGCAGGAAUUUGAGGAAGAAAUUGCAAAGUAUGACAGAAUAUGUGAAGAAGCAUAUACUAGAUCUAAGGAUAAGAAGAUCCUUCAUAUCAAGCACUGGCUGGAUUCACCUUGGCCUGGCUUCUUUAACGCGGAUGGAGAACCCAAGAGCAUGUCUUGUCCCCCGACGGGCAUUUCGGAAGAGCUGCUGACUCACAUUGGCAACAUCGCUAGUUCAGUGCCAGUCGAAGACUUCAAAAUACACUCAGGUCUCUCUCGGAUUUUGAAAGCCCGCUCGGAAAUGACCAAGAACAGGCUUGUUGACUGGGCCUUAGCAGAGUACAUGGCUUUUGGCUCUGUGCUCAAAGAAGGGAUCCAUGUCCGACUGAGUGGGCAGGAUGUGGAGAGAGGUACUUUCAGCCAUCGUCACCAUGUACUUCAUGAUCAAGAAAUUGACAAGAGAAUUUGUGUUCCCAUGAAUCACCUGUGGGAGCAGCAGGCCCCCUACACCGUGUGCAACAGCUCCCUCUCUGAGUACGGGGUCUUAGGUUUUGAGCUUGGCUUCGCUAUGGCGAGUCCCAAUGCCCUGGUGUGCUGGGAAGCCCAGUUUGGGGACUUCCACAACACGGCUCAGUGUAUAAUCGACCAGUUCAUCAGCUCCGGCCAGGCCAAGUGGGUUCGGCACAACGGGAUCGUCCUGCUCCUGCCACACGGGAUGGAAGGAAUGGGUCCAGAGCAUUCAUCAGCCAGGCCUGAGAGGUUUCUGCAGAUGAGUAAUGAUGAUUCUGAUGCCUAUCCAGAGUUCACUGAGCAGUUUGAAGUUUCCCAGCUGUAUGAAUGCAACUGGAUUGUGGUGAAUUGUUCAACUCCAGCCAAUUACUUUCAUGUCCUCCGAAGGCAGAUCUUGCUGCCAUUCAGAAAGCCGCUGAUUGUUUUGACACCGAAGUCACUGCUGAGGCAUCCAGAAGCUAAAUCCAGUUUUGAUGAAAUGGUGUCUGGUACCACUUUCCAACGUGUGAUUCCUGAGAAUGGGCCAGCAGCUCAGGCACCACAUGAGGUCAAGCGAGUGAUUUUCUGCACAGGAAAAGUCUACUAUGACCUUGUGAAAGAGAGAAAGAACCAAGACCUGGAGAAACAAGUAGCUAUAACUAGACUUGAACAGAUCUCACCAUUCCCCUUUGACUUGCUGAAAGAAGAACUUGAUAAGUAUCCAACUGCUGAUCUAGUCUGGUGUCAGGAGGAGCACAAAAACAGUGGAUAUUAUGAUUAUGUCAGACCUCGUUUCCGCACUAUUGUGAACCGCACUCGACCCAUCUGGUAUGUUGGCCGAGAGCCUGCUGCUGCAGCUGCCACAGGCAACAAGAACAUGCACCUGGUGUCUCUCAGAAGGUUCUUGGAUACAGCUUUCAACCUGGAGGCCUUUGAGGGAAAGACAUUCUAACUGCAGGGCCCCGACCUGUCUGACUAGUAGUCUCUCAAAACACUGCAUCCAAAAGGAAAGUGGGGAGAAUACUGGGAAAUAUGUAUUUUUGCUUUACCAAAUAAAAGGAUCCAGCAGCUGACUUCA